UGUGCACUUUGUUCCUUAAUACACAUCGGGGACAACUCUGUGCCAGGGAUUGGAACCGGCGUCGCAUGGUACUACUUGGAUUCCAACAAAAAAGGGGCACUGCUACCAUCUGAGAAAACACUCGAUGAUAAAGACCAGGCUAUCGCCUACACAUUGAACCAGUUCUAUGAGAAGCCUUUUCUCCUUGAAAUUCUGCCAUUCCCACCUCCGAGUCAUUAUGAAUAUCCAUCAAGUGGACAUGAUUACGGACAGACGAUGUGGUGUCUUUCCUUCCCGUACUCUCAGCUUGGAAAAAUAGCUACUCAGCUUUAUUACAACAAGCCCGACAUUUAUUCUUCCCAGUUACCUACGAAAAUUGCAGCUGACUACCCAUUGUUGGCACAGGUAAUAGCUGGAGAAUUCAAACAAGGUGAACCGUACUCCAGUACACUCACUCUUACCACCAAAGCAGGAACGAACUUCAUGUCCUUCGCGAAGACGAACGAGUUCAAUAAGGACCUCUAUGAUGGAAUUGUGGCCCCAACCUUGAAAGCAGACCUCAUCGCAGAAACAUGGCGUCGCGGAUCCGAGGAAAAGUCUUUUCAAUCCAUUAAAAGAUUAACACUGCGUCAGGAUCAAAAUCCAUGCUCUCUCACUUACCACACCAACGAUGCACUUCAAAUCCAAGUGGGAGCGACAAUGGAGUUCAAGUACACAAAAGAUCAUUCCAAGAUGGCACGGUCAACGGAUGCGACCAAACCAUGGGUCUGCAUUGGAGACAUUAAUCGAAUGACUUCUCAAUACAUUCGCGGUGGCGGCACAACUUGUCUUUCGAGCACGUUUGUAUGGCAAGCAUUUAACGUAAUAAAAGAAGAAAACAGUUGUUGA